AGACUCGGCGGCCUGUAUGUGUAUACGAGUAUAUGAGGAGAUCCCACACGUCAAAACGUCCCACCAACAUACUGUAUAUAACAUAUCCAUGCUGACGACCACUUGAAUAAUACUUUAGUUAGUGUGUGCACAAGUACCUGAAAGGCUAAAAAAACAGAGUAGGUGAUAUUAUUCGUCAUGACGUUCUGUUGGUGCGCUUCGUAAUGUUAGCCAGACUUCCUGAGGGUCGAUUCUUCUUGUUUUCGCUUUGGUUAUUGUGCGAUCGCGCCGAGCGAUUAAAUAUACCGCGUAACUUUCGUACAUGAUGCGCGUUUUACGCGACCAAUAACGUGUUUCGCGUGUGCUCGCUCGAAUCUGCGAAAAGCGAAAUUUCGCCAGUGAUUGAAAAAAAACUACUCGCCGAAUUACCACCGCCUAAUAUCCCUUUGAAGGUAGAAAAAUGACGUCGUUCGUAUGCCUAGCAUGUUUGGUGCUCUUGAUGUGCUGUACUGUUCCUCAAACUGAAGCUAAAACUAAAUACAAAGUAACAUGUACAGACGAGAAUAUGCUGAUUGACUUGGAGAAACCAGAUUACGACUCAGAUGUGUAUCUGGAUAACCUUAAAUUUUAUCCAGGCAUUGGCUGCCAUCCAACACCUAUUGAACACUCUGGAGUCAUGUUCAAUCUAUCAUUGAUUAAUUUUUACCAGUGUGGAAUCACACGCAUCACUAAUCAAGCCACUGGCAUCCAAAGUUUCUACCAUAAGAUAAUAAUAGAAGAAAAAAAUAACUCGGAGAAUAAAGAAGUAAUUGGAGUAAAAUGCUUGCUAAACAGUAAAGUACACAACAUUACUCGUCGAAAUGUCCUUCCUGCAGGAUUCAAAGAACAAGAAGACAUUGAAAUAACAACCACGCUGGAAAGAAAUGCACCUGAGCCGCAAUUGAAGGUAGGAGUUAAACAAGGAAAUUCGUUGGUUAACGGUGAAUUGAACGUUAAACCGGGUACGCCGUUGACCAUGGAAAUUUACCUGGAUAAAGAGAGCGCGCCGAUUUACGGAUUGCUGGUCAGUUUUAUGCGCGUGUCUGAUACUAAAUCUCAAGACGAGACUAUUAUAUUUAAUGGAUGUUCGGUAGACCCAUAUUUGUUCGAAAAUUUCAAUACAGUUGACGGAGAUUAUCUGAGUGCCAAAUUUAGAGCUUUCAAGUUCCCAGAAACAACUUACGUGCAAUUCACCGGAACCGUCAAUAUAUGCUUGGAUAAAUGCAGAGGUAUCGAAUGCAGUAACGGCCAAACUGGUUACGGCAGAAGGAAGCGUGAAAUAAGCGGAAUUCCAUACGAUCCGAAGAAAGUUUUCGAAGUAACGUUGACGACGUAUUUAAAAGUGGACUACAAAGAAGACAGCAUGUUAAACAAAGAAAACCCUGACAGAAUUAUUAAAGAAAGACAAAUUUACGAAAACUAUACGGUAUUAACUUUAAACAAUUCGCAUGUCGUACCACUCGAAGAUUUAUAUCAAACAAUCGAUAUAAAAAGUGAUCAGACCGAGAACGGUAACAAAAUUUAUUUUAGGGCUGAAACCAUAGAAGAAUCUAGUAAUUCAAAUCGACUAAAACUUUCUUGGUACUCUUUUCUAAUAAUAUCCUUAUUAGCUUUCCUACUAUUACGUUAGUGAAAUUCUUCGUUUAAGAGACUGAAAUUACCUACCUACCUAUGUAAAAUUGCAUUUAUCAAACACUUUCAGUAAUUAUUAACCGAGUUUUUUUUUAUUUUCGUUUAUCUCGCAAAUCAUCUAAACAAACGGAAAAAUGUACACAUUAACAACCUAACAUACAACCUAAUCAAGCUUAUAGGUAAAAGCUCAGCUACAACGUAACAAAAUAGGUGUAUUUUUACUGAAGACUAACGCAUUCUCUAAUAUUUUAAAAUGGUCAAUAAAAUUACGAUGACAAUUUUAAAUCAAUUUGUACACUUUACAAUACAGAAUUACCAAACGUC